CAUCGUUACGACCGCGUCCAUUUAAAAAUAUUUUGUUUUAUUAUUUUUUUUAAGUUUCCUCAUCUUUAUAAAUUAUUUCACUCCAUAACCGAUAACUCCAUACACUCGGGCUAUUUUUGAAUUUUAAAAAUGAAAGUAAAUUCGAAUACAUGACAAUGCGCUCCGCAUUGUUGGAGUUUUAAUUUUUAUUUAAAUUUAAAUAUUUUUUAAAACUUUUUUACCCAUGCCAGAUACAUGUCAUUUGAAUGAAUUUUUUAUAAUAUGUGGUUACAUAAAAUAAGAAUGAAAGUUAAAUUCUUCUCCAAUUUAUAAAAAAAAAUUUUUGUUUUUUUUAAAAAUUAUUUAAAAUUAAAUUUUAAUGAUGAAGUUAAUAAAAGUGCUGGGUGUUAUUAAAUUUUCUGGCAGUGUUGUGAAUUUAUUAUAUUCAGUGUUUGUGUUUACAAUAAUAGUCUUUGGUCAAGUAAAUAAUGUUUAUGGAGAGUCAGAAAAAGUUGGAAUAUGCGCUAUGACUGGAUGCAACUGCACCAUUGUCGCAAAACAUUGGAUUAAUGUUAAAUGUAUUUUUACAGAUUAUGAGGAAGUAGAAUUACAUGAAGGGUCAAUUCCAGCUGACGCAUCAGAUGUCUCAGUGUCUCGUUGUCGGGAAUUAAAGAUCCACUCAGGAGCUUUUACAGGCGGUCCUCAACUGAAACGAGUUCACGUGACGGGAAUACACAGUGUUGUUGCUAAAACGCAAGCAUUUCACAAUAUAAGCGCACCGAAUCCACUUUUGGAAGUUACAGAGUGUAAUAGAGUUGUAUUGGAGUCACAGGCAUUCAAAAAUGCACGUGGGACGCUUUCUGUAUCUAUAUCGAGAUGUAAACACGUUGAAAUAAAACCAAAUGCAUUUUCUUGGUUACUUAGAUUUUCAAUUAGCGAAGUUACUAAUCUUGAAUUAUCGAGCAAUGCCUUUAAAUUUGAUGCACCACCACAUGGUCGUCAUGGGCCAGCGACUAAGAUAAUGUUCCAAACAGUCAAAAUAACGGAGUUUCCAAGUUCAGUAUUUCCGUCAGCAGCUGCUGAAAUACGCAUAGACAAUGUUCGGACAAAAGUUAUUCGCAAAGAUGCAUUUUGUGCAUUAUUAUUUCUCGGUGUUAGAAUAAGUAAUGCAUCAAUAACUGACAUCGAAGCUGGAGCAUUCAAUGACAAAACACUUAUUCAUAAUUUCGAGUUAAUCGACGUCAGAUUGCAGAAUGUAAAAAACGGGGCCUUCAAAGCUGCAUUUAAUAAUUUUACCAUACAGUAUUCACAAUUCAAUGAAAUUGAGAGCGGAGCAAUAGAAAUAUCAGCCGCCACAAUAGCAUUCAACAAUAAUUUAUUUCAUAGUCUUGGAAAAAAAUCAAUCACUUUGAAACAAUGGAGUAAAAUAGUAAUCGACAAUAAUAUGUUUACCGAAAUAGCUGAAGAUGCAAUCGUAGCAGAUGAAAUAGCCGACAAAACACCAGAACAACAACUCGAAUUUUCAUUUCGCGGCAAUAGAAUAGUCAACGCUGAAAAAAACUCACUGAGAUUUGCAUCAUUAAGUGAAAAAUCUAACAUAAAUAUUGCAACAGUCGGUAAUAAUUAUUUUGAAAAAAUAUGUACAUGUUUUAUCGAAGAUUACAUACGUGACAUAACUGGUAGAAACACAUCAGUCGAAUGGAUUAUGAAAUCCAGUUACUGUAUCGCAGGUGAAUUUUUAGAAAAAUGCCUAAAAGUACCUCAGGGAUAUUUAGAAAUGGGUAAUUUUACCACGACAAUUUGUAGUAAAAAUGAUAAUAUAGUUUGUGGUGAACCGUCUGAAAAACCCACAUCCAGUGUAAGUCCCCCGAGCGUCGGUCCCCAUGUUUACCCACGACAAAAUAGUUAUUUCGACGUCGAAAUGAGCGAUUCUGAACAAUUGGAACGGGAAAAACGUCUUAUCGUUAUAGUUUGUGUUGCUGCAGUCUUUGUAAUAAUCGCUAUUAUAUUAACUUCCGGUAUUUUGUACAUGAGACGUCGUGGGGUCUGUCCAAAGUUGACCUCAGGGCACUUGAUAAAUUUUACGAAUUCAUGGUUAUCACCAACAAGCGGAAUGACUGCUGCGACAUCAGCCCGUUCUAUUUCACGUCUCAGUAUAAAUGAAUAUGCUGGACUACGUCCAGAGACACGUAUUCUCAAUGUUGAAAACGAAGCAAUUAAUCAUCAGCUACAACAACAAGAUAGUGGAGAAACAGAAGAGGGUUUCACGUACACCGAGAACAAAGCAUCCCAAACAUUGCCAGAGGAAUUGACUGAAGAGUAUUUGAGAGAAUUACGUGACCGAUUGAAUGAUCCAGAUAAUUAUAGCCAAGCACGUGACAUGAUCGAGCACCUUUAUGAUCUUAUAAAGGUCGAAGAAAGUUGCAAUAACAAUAAUGACAACCGACCUACAUCAUUAAACGUCGAUGAUACUUACGACAUUAUUGCACCGCGAAUUCGCAGGCAGCGGAAUCAAAAACCGACGACAGAUAUGGGAACAAAAGUGCCGUCGCUAGAAAAAUUAUUGCCAAGUGAGCACAGUAUCGUUAAUAGACCGGCAAUUGCUGAGUACACUGAGCCAAAAGAUCUGAGAACAAGUGAUCAAAAUCAUCUUUACGCUGAAUUACCCGGUGAUGAAACUGUACCAAGUACUAGCAGACUUUCACAGCCAAUUUUAGCAGCAACUUUGGCUGCCGCGAGAGCGCCAUUACCACUGCCACCAGAUGUUGUCAAUGAUCAUCUUAUUAAUAAUAAUAAUAAUAAUAAUAAUAAUAAUAAUAAUAAUAAUAUUAGUAAUGAUAACCAUGAAAAACAGUAUUUAGAUCUUGAUGUCGAGCAUCCUUAUCAAGAAGCAAUAACCGAUAAAAAACAUCAGCCAAAGUCAUUAUUUUUUUUUAAGACACUCGGCGAAAGUUUGAAGGGUAAUAAAAGUAAUAGUAAUACUAAUAAUAAAAAAACUAACAGUUUGUUUGCGGAGUAUGCAGAUCCGAAUGAUGUAACGGCACAUCUUUAUUCAGAAUUACCCGAGCCACAGGGCUCUUCAACACCCGCUAGUAAAAUGGCAAAUCGACCGCUUCCGAUAAAACCAGACCAAGAGAAUGUUGCUAUUAAUUUGGCCAGGACGUGAGAGUUUAAAUUAUCGACAUCUGUGCCAAGUUUUAUUGUCUGUGAUAAAAUGUUUUUUUUUUUUAUCUUGAUUACUUGAUCGUUAAUUAUAAUUAAGUUUUUAAAUAGACAGUGACACUGUGGGAGUUUAAAUAAACGAAUUUUAUUGAUAACGAAACAAAUGUAUGAUUGAUAUUAAUUUCAAGUGAUUUGUGAACUCGAUUUAUUAAUUGAUAAAUCUGUAGUCGAGUGAUUUAUUUAUAGAGCUUAUUGAUAUUGAUGUGUAUAAUUGAAUAUUGUGAGACAUUUUUUCUUUCUUUUUUUUUGUAUUAUCGAAGUUGUAUUUAAUUAUUGUAUGUAACAGCUCAGUGGCUUUCGAACUUAGAUUUUAAACGAACGAAAUAAUAAUAUAAAACAAUACUUUUUUAAUACGUAUUUUAUAGUGGAUGUAUAUUGUAUAUAUUUU